CUAAAUUACCAGCCAUAUUCUAUGGAAAAAUAACGUACCCGCGUUCAUUGAGAGAAUUUACACUUAUUCCCAUUUUCGUGAUUUCCGUAAAACAAACGAUCGCGCAAACCCCGGCCGGUUAAGUCCCAAUCGUGGUAAAAAUGCACGACGAAUUCCUUUCCUCGUUUCUAGAGAGAGAUAAGUGUGGGAUGCGCAAGUAACUUACUCGGAUUCUGUAGAGAGAGAGAGAGAGGGGAGAUUCUAGAGAGAGAGGGAGAUUAGACACUUGCAGAUGGAGUCGAUGCCUGUGAAUUGGGACGCCCUGGAUUCUAUCGUUCUUGAUUACGCCAUCGCUGAUAAUCUCCUUCACCCCUCCUCGCCCUCUUCUUCGCCUUCUCUCUCUCCUACUCUUUCUCUUUCUUCCUCCUCCUACCAUUCCCGCUUGCUUAUCCAGCAGAUCCGCCAUUCUCUGGGGUCUGGCGAUGUCGACUCCGCGCUCCAUCUCCUCCAACGCCAUGCUCCCUCUGUUCUCGAUGAUCACCGCCUCCUCUUCCGGUUGCAUAAACAAAAAUUCAUUGAGCUUUUGAGGAAAGGGACUGAUGCAGAUCGCGAUUCGGCCAUCAGAUGCCUGCGCAUGGCUCUUGCUCCCUGCGCACUGGAUGCGUACCCGGAAGCAUAUGAGGAGUUCAAGCAUGUUCUUCUCGCCUUUGUAUUUGAUAAAGAUGAUAGAACCUCUCCAGUGGCAGAGGAGUGGUCUGAAAGGAGGAGGUUUGAUCUAGCGGCUUUGAUUUCGUCUGUUUUAAAGGCUCAGCUGCAGGCAUAUGAUCCUCUCUUUUCAAUGGCUCUGAGGUACUUAAUAAGGAUCCACAAUGGGUUCUGCUUCCGACAAGGUGUUACAUCACCCAUUUCAGAUGUUGCCAAGAAGUUGCUUCCAGAAGAGCGUGACCCUCCUGCAAUUCCACAGGAGAAUCUAUAUGAGGCACCACCUUUUGAUGAGGUUGAAAUACAAGCCCUUGCACAUGCUGUUGAAUUAACAAGACAAGGUGCAGUGGAUGCCUUGAGAUAUGCUAAAGGAAAUCUAUUUCUUGCUUUCCAGAAUGAGGUAUGCCGAAUGAAACUGGAUGUUGCUGCAUUUGAUGAGAUUGUUCAUGAGUACUGUGUGUACAGAGGUUUGGUAGAUGGUUGCCCUGUGCCACCAUCAGAUAUGCCCACCAUUGGAAUAUAUUCAAAAGCUUACCAAGAAUCUGAGGAUAGUACUACUUCUCUCAACGUUGAGGGCGGAACCAGUCAACGUUCAGAUGGAGAAGCUUCUGUCAAUUUUGUUAAGGUGGGUGAUUUGCAAGAAGUGAUUGCUGAUGUAACCAGCAUGCGAGAUAAUGAUGCCGAAAUGCGAUUUGGAGAUGAGAUGAUGAACAACCGUGAAGAUUGCAGUACCAGUGAACCAUAUGAGCCUGAAGGUUAUGCUCGGAAGUUUCAAAGACCGAGAAGCUAUGUGAACAGGGAAAGGAAUAAGCGCAAGAGAUGGAGAGGGCGCGUUGAGAGUCUUGCAGAAGUGAAGCCUGAUAUGUCAUAUGCAGGAAAUGAUAGAGCAGAAGUGAUUUCCCCACCGAUGGAUGGAAAUGGCAAGCUUGACUUAAAACAAGAUGUGGAAGAUAAUCAGAACAGGGAGGUUCACAAGUAUGAUAUGGUACUAGAGGUGAGGGAUCUAGCUAGCAGAGGCAUGGCUGCCAAGGUUGUAGAAGAAAUAAAUGCCUUAAAUCCUCAGUUUUUGGAGCAGAACCCUGUUCUUCUAUUUCAGUUGAAACAGGUGGAAUUUCUUACGUUGGUCAAGGGUGGAGAUCACCGCAAUGCUCUCAAAGUUGCAUGUUCUGACUUGGGUCCUCUGGCAGCUGGCAAUCCAGCUUUGCUGAAACCACUAAAGGAAACUUUACUGGCUUUCCUUAAUCCCAAUGAAGAUGCUCUUGCAAAAUGCGUGCCUUUAUCUGUCCUUUCGACUUCCCUUCAGGUUUUAUUGGGUAAAAGUCUUGGCAUUGAAGAACCACAACUAAUGAAGAUAAUGAGGGCCACACUCUAUUCUCAUACUGAGUGGUUUAAGCUGCAAAUGUGUAAAGAUCGCUUUGAGGAAUUUUUAAAGAUUAAUUGUUUGAAAGAAAUCGAUUCUCCCUGGUUCACUGAUGCUGCAUCUAAGACCACUGUAGACUCUUGCAGUUACGGGGCAUCUCAAGUUACUAUAUCCACGAGUAGUAGACGAUCAUCAGACACUGGCGACCUGAUCAAUGAGCCAUCAAGAGAGAUUAUUUUUGAUGAAACUGCCAUACUCAAAGUUAUGGAAUUCCUGGCUUUGCCAAGGUCUGAUGCCAUCCAGCUUCUAGCUCAAUACAAUGGAAACGCAGAGACUGUUAUACAGCAGAUAUUUGCAUGACAAACUACUGUGACAUAGUGAUCUGGUCUUCUUCUUCUUUUUUCCUUCCAUCUGUUUUUUAUUUUAUUUAUUCAAUUUGUUUUAUAUAUGGUCUAGGGGGAAUUCCAUUUUAUUCACCAAUUCGAGUCACCCAUCCUAACCUUGUACAAUGUUUUUUUGGUACAUUUGUUUAUAGAUUGUAAAUAGGUAGACAGAAUCAAUUUAAUAAGAAAAAGGACUUAUUAUC